AUGUCUAUGGAAAGGACAGGAUAUCAAAAAAGGAAUAGUAAAAUUAAUGAGACACCCGAGGAUGCCUUAGAAUGGGAGAGUCAUUUUGUUAUCCGAUUUCCAGAGGAUGUUGCUAAAAAAGUUGACAAGAUAAUUGAUAAUGAUGGUCCAAAUGGUAAUGAGAUAGCUAUUAACUUUGAUCCUGAUAAUAGACAUGUUCAUGUUCAAGUUGAGAAUGAUAUAUUAGCAGGAAAAAUUCUUGAUUUACCUUGUAUAACAGAGGUAAUGAAAACAGUAAAUAAAGAAACACUUUAUAAAGUAACAGAUCUUAGUCAAAUAAUAAUUUGUGAACAUAAAAAUGUAAGUAGUCAAAAUACAAAUUCACAAAGAUUAUUGGAACUAACAAAAUCGAGAAGAGAUAAAUUAUUUAGUCAUCCAGAUGGAUUGACACCUCCAAUGAAAUCAGCCAGAAAAAGAAUGUUUAGGAAGACAAAAAAAAAUAAAUAUGUUGAUGCACCGGAUGUGGAAAAGGAAGUAAGAAGAUUAUUAAGAGAAGACCUAGAGUCAAUAUCUAGUGAGUUCAUACUUCUUAAUAAGGAUAAUGAUAAUGGCAAUCGAAAAAAUAGUACAACUAAAUCUUUAGAAGGAGGAGAUAAUCUUAGUAAUUUGUAG